UGUCGUACAGUCAGAAGAAGAGAGAUAUCGCGUUUAUAAUAACAGGAACUGUUUACCAAAUACGGGUGAUCAUUCGGCGAGCGCUGAUGAAUUAUUAAUGAGCGAUAAUAACUGAAUGUGUCGCCCGCAGGAGCGCCUCUGCGGACCCGAUGACGUCACCGCGAGUGAACGUUGGCGACUGAACGCGUCGCGGAACAAAACAGCAUGCGGGAUUCGGCGUCCUGAGAGCGGCGGAUGAGCGAAACCCACUGAACACCGGUUGGCUCCUCCCCCUGGUGUGUCCAGUGUUCUGAUUGGCUGUGGUCUGUAGAUGGCUCAGCUGUGGCGGAGGGCGGUGUCGUUGACUGGGAACGGGUCUCUGGUUGCCAUGGCGCCAGGGCCCGGGGUCGUGACGGUGGCCCCUGAGAGUCACAACAGAUCAGGGCCAGUUUUGACCCCAGAGACGCCCAUUUUCCUCAUGACUCCCGCCGCUCAGGGCAUCUCGGGCAUCUUCACCUGGACGGCCCUGCUGCUCACCUGCCAACAGAUCUACAUGCACCUGCGCUACUACAACACACCCAACGAGCAGCGGCACAUCGUGCGGAUCCUCUUCAUCGUGCCCAUCUACGCCUUCGACUCGUGGCUCAGUCUGCUGUUCUUCACUAAUGAGGAGUAUUACGUCUACUUCGACACCGUCAGAGACUGCUAUGAAGCGUUUGUGAUCUACAACUUCCUGAGCUUGUGUUAUGAGUAUCUGGGCGGUGAGAGUGCCAUCAUGGCGGAGAUCAGAGGGAAACCCAUCCAGUCCAGCUUUGUUUACGGCACAUGUUGUCUGUGGGGCAGAACCUACUCCAUCGGCUUCCUGCGCUUCUGCAAGCAGGCGACGCUGCAGUUCUGUGUGGUGAAGCCGCUGAUGGCCAUCAUUACAGUGAUCCUGCAGGCCUUCGGGAAAUACAGAGACGGAGACUUCAAUGCUGCUGGUGGCUAUCUGUACGUGAUGAUCAUCUAUAACGUGUCGGUGAGUCUGUCUCUGUUUGCGCUCUUCCUCUUCUACUCGGCCACCGCUGAGCUGCUGGAGCCCUACAGCCCCAUGCUCAAGUUCCUGAUGGUCAAGUCUGUCAUCUUCCUCUCCUUCUGGCAGGGUAUGCUGCUGGCAAUUCUGGAGAAGUGUGGAGCGUUCGCGCGCAUCAGCUCUCCGGAUGUGAGUGUGGGCGAGGGCACGGUUGCCGCCGGUUACCAGAACUUCAUCAUCUGCUGCGAGAUGUUCUUCGCCGCUCUGGCGCUCAGACACGCCUUCACUUAUAAAGUCUACAUGGACAAGAGACUCGACCUGCAGGAUUGUGUUCCUGUCUAUGGCCAGUUCGGCCGCAGCGCCCCCAUGAGUAUCUCCAGCAGUCUGAAGGAGACGAUGAACCCGGGAGACAUUCUGCAGGACGCCAUUCACAACUUCUCCCCAGCCUAUCAGCAGUACACACAGCAGAGCCGAGCAGAGCCAAUCAGCAGAUCCGACAGCUGCAGCAACGAGAAAACACUGCUGCUCAGCUCUGAUGAUGAGUUCUGACCAGCACACACACACACACACACACUCAGAACAGAGCAGAUCCAACAGCUGCAGCAACGAGAAAACACUACAAGCAUAGACACAGACACACAUACACACACACACAAGCAUACACACACUCACAGCAGAGCAGAUCCAAGAACUAAGCACUUCAGCUCAGCUCUUAUGACAAGUUCUGACACACACAAGCACACACUCACACACACACAAGCAUAGACACAUAUACACACACAUAUACAUGCACACACACACAUAUACAUACACACACACAAGCAUAUACACACGCACACAAACUCAUACACACACACACACUCUCUGACAGCAGAGCAGAUCCAACAGCUGCAGUAACAAGAAACCACUCCUGCUCAGCUCUGAUGACACGUUCACACACACACAAACACACACACACACACAUUAACCAGUGAUUCUCAAACAUUUGAAGCA